AUGGGUGAAGUUACGAAAGCAGAUCUUGAUGCUCUUACCGCUUCUCUUACUGCAGUGUUUACUGCUGCCAUCAACACCAUGAACAAUCAGAUUGGAGAAAUUCGUGGAUUGGUGGGAGAACGCAACUUGGGUGUGGAAGAUUACCUGGAUUGGCAGCUUCAGGUGGACAGAUUCUUUGAGAUUAUGGAGGUGCUUGAACAUAAGCAGGUCAAGCAUAUUGCCUGGAGAUUGAAGAGUACUGCUGCAGUUUGGUGGGAUAAGUUGCAGAAUACUCUAAAGAAGCAGAGGAAGCAGAGCGGAACUAGGACAGUGGCUAAGUACAACGCUGAGUUCUUACGUUAUUCAGAGCGUAAUGAACUAGGAGAAACUGAGGGCCAGAAGGUGGCUCGCUAUAUCAGUGGGCUGAAACCUUUCAUUCAGGAGAAAAUUGGGUUGCAAACUGUGUGGACUAUGGCAGAAGCUUCAAAUCUAGCAUUGAAGAGAUAUAACUACCAAAGGAGCACAGAUUUGGUAAACGCCUCAACAGACAAGGGUAAAGCCUUACAGCAGAAUACAGGAAGUGCUUCUAGGGCUUCCAAUCCUCCUUCUAAAUGGACUGGCAGUUCAAGUGGUUCUCCAAAUAGGGCUCCAAACCAGAGGCUUAAUAAUCCUUAUGCUAGGCCUACAACAGAAGUCUGCUAUAGAUGCAACAAGCCUGGGCAUAGAUCUAAUGUGUGUCCUGAGAGGAGACAAGCUGCUCUUAUAGGUGAAUAUGAUGAAGAUGAAGAAGAAGUUGAAAGAGGUGACGAUUAUGAUGGGGCUGAGUUUGCGGUGGAGGAGUCUCCUGAAAAGGUUAAUAUUGUGUUGCAGCGGGUUUUAUUGUCUCCUAAAGAAGAUGGGCAGCGACGUAAUAUUUUCAAGUCACUUUGUUCCAUUAAUAACAAAGUGUGCAAUUUGAUUGUGGAUAAUGGGAGCUGUGAAAAUUUUGUAGCCAAGAAGCUGGUGGAGUAUUUGCAGUUACCUACACAGCCUCAUGAGGCACCUUAUUCCCUUGGGUGGGUCAAAAAAGGUCCACAGGUUCGAGUUGCUGAGUCCUGCAAAGUACUUGUAUCCAUUGGUAAGCAUUAUAAAGAUGACAUUCUUCAUAAAAUUGCUAUGGCUCCUGUCUUACAAUUUGAGAAGUCUGGUGGAAAGAAAGGGGAGAGUUUUCUGACCUUGUCUAGCAGUGAAUUUGAGAUGGAGGAAGCCUUUAAAGAAUCUGAAGUUUUCUAUCCAAUGGUGAUUAAAGGUUUGUUGACUGCAGAAAAGGAAGAUAUGGUGAUCCAUAAGGAAGUGCAGAAUAUGUUGGGAGAGUUUGAAGAGCUGAUUUCAGAUGAGUUGCCCAAGGAAUUACCACCUAUGAGGGACAUUUAG